CUGGAGAUGGCAUGAGUAAUGCUUCCAACAGCGAAGAUGAAAUAAAUAAAGUGGGCAAUGAGGACUUUGAGGACAUUCAAGAGAAUGACAAUGAGGAUGACCGAAUAAACACAGAAGAUGACAUGAGUAAUGCAUCCAACAGUGAAGACGAAGAUGAUGAAGUGGACAAUGAAAACCCCUCCACAACUAGCCUGUUGGGCACUGACAUUGAAGAGAAUGAGGAAGACCUGUCAGAUUCCGAAGGGAACAUAUUUGAUGCCGCCAGGAGUGAAGAUGAAAACGAUGUGGACAGUAAAGUCUUAAUGGAGGGCAACACCAGUGGAGAAAACACAUUUGCAUUUUCAAUGGGCAGUGCAGAUAGAGCAGAUACUGGUGACAAUCCAUUGUAUCCUGGUGCACCUCUUUCAAAAGGAGAAAGUGUAUUAAUGCUGAUGUCCUAUCUGUUACGAUUAAGCAACUACUUCAAGAACAUGGUAUCAGUCUUAAUGAAAAAACUAGAACCUUAG